GAGGAGGAAGAGGAGGAGCUCAGCCCACCUUUGGUGAAUUAAGUUACGGAGUGAGUUCAUGUGGAGGUACCGUUCACAGGACCAGGACAACUUUCAUUUUGCUCUUUUUACACCCAUGACAUUUCUCAGGGUCUGUAAAGCCAGGAUUCCAGGAGUCUUGCCAUGUUCAAGUCAGUACUGAAGAAGAACAGAGAUGGAGGCAAAGGGAGCAAGAAAGAUUCAAGUGAUGCUCACAGCCAUAGUGCUCAAAGAAGAUUCCCAAAUGAGGGAAAUCCCCAGCACCAGGGCCCUGCUGGCGGUCACCCUAACACACAAGAUGAUGUUUUCAGACUAGGUUUUACCAAAGGAGUGUCUAUGUCUCUUCCUUCKUCACCUCUUCUGCCUCGCCAGUCCUACAUGAUGCCUUUACGCCCCAAGAGAUCACCAGGUCCAGUCAGGAAGCCCAAAUAUGUAGAGAGUCCCCGUGUUCCUUCUGAUGCCAUCAUGUCAGCGCUGAGAAAGGUGUCCGACAGCAAGGAUUCAUCCAACAAUGAGCUGCAAGCCGAGCAACAGCCAGGCUCCUCCUCUCCUGCCACUCAGGAACUGAUGACAAGGCUGGGCUUUUUACUGGGAGAAGGGAUCCCGGGUACGGCACGCAUACCUAUGGACGACAAGAAUGAAAAGAAGUGCGAUCUGACCAGCCAGGGUAUUAGCCCUUGCUCUACACUGACCAGCAGCACGGCGUCUCCCUGUACCGACAGUCCAUGUUCCACCCUCAACAGCACGACGAGUCGACCCCCACUCAGCCGCUCCAGCCCCUGUGGGACCAUCACCAGCCCCAGCUCUACACUUGAGAGCAAAGACAGCGGGAUCAUAGCCACCAUCACCAGUUCCUCAGAGAACGAUGACCGCAGUGGCUCCAGUCUUGAGUGGAGUAAAGAUGGCAGUCUAAGGAGCAGCGGGCGCCAUGGCCUGGCACAGAGUGUCCGGGCCGACACGUGUUCCCCUGUGGUGGAAGAAGACUCCAGCAGCGCCACAACAACACCAGCUGACACCCCGUGUAGGACAGACCACCAGCAGAAGCCACCCUACAUAUCAGCAGGACCAUCGGGACCCACACGACUUCCAGGUCACUCACCCGAGGGACCCAGUCAAUACCCAUCGCAGUCAUCUUCUUCCCUCAUGAUGCCGAGGCCGAACUCUGUCGCGGCGACCAGUUCCACAAAGCUGGAAGACCUGAGCUUCCUCGAUGAACAACGCAACACCCCCCUGCGGACGUCCAUCCGCCUGCCGUGGCACAACACUGGAGGACGGCCACCUCAGGACUCUAAAGCACGUUUUGCUCCCUACAAACCCGUGGACAUUAUGCUCAAGCCAUUACUGUUUGAGGUACCCAGCAUCACUACAGACUCUGUGUUUGUUGGACGAGACUGGCUCUUUCAGAAGCUAGAAGAUGUCCUGAAGGCCAGUGAAUCCAGUGGGAACCAGGGAGCAGUGGUGCUGGGCAGCGUGGGCUUUGGGAAAACGGCCAUUAUCUCCCGGCUGGUAGCGCUAAGCUGCCAUGGAGGACGCAUGCGUCAGAUCGCCUCCAACAGUCCCAGUGCCUCCCCGAAAAGCGGAGCAGGACAAGGCACAGAGCUUCCCCUCAGCCAGCCACCGCAGCCCACUCCGCCAUCCAGCGCCACCAACACCCUGAGUGCCCACAGCUGCCCAGGAACCCCCGAGAUGCAGCGGCGCAGGGAGGAGGCCGUCAAACGUCUGGCUUCAAAGGUGGUUGCAUAUCAUUAUUGCCAGGCAGAUAACACGUACACCUGCUUGGUGCCAGAAUUUGUACACAGUAUUGCAGCCUUGCUGUGCAGAGCGCAUCAGCUCUCAGCGUACCGAGAGCUGCUGCUGAAGGAGCCCCACCUCCAGAGUAUGCUCAGCCUGCGCUCCUGUGUCCAAGACCCCAUGGCUGCUUUCCGAAGGGGGGUUCUGGAACCACUAGCUAACCUUCGUAAAGAGAGGAAAAUUUCAGAGGAGGACCACAUCAUCUUAAUAGAUGGGCUGAAUGAAGCAGAAUUUCAUAAGCCUGAUUAUGGAGACACCAUUGCCUCUUUCAUCACAAAGAUCUUUACCAAGUUCCCUCCCUGGCUUAAGCUGGUGGUCACUGUUCGGGUCAACUUGUUGGAGAUCACCAGCCUCCUACCCUUCUCUCAGAUCUCCCUGGAUGACUUUUCGGACAACGAGGAGAUAAGCACCGACCUGAAUGCUUAUAUCCAGCAUCGCAUCAACAGCAGCAAAGAAAUCYUGAACAAUAUCAGCUUGAACGGCAAGGCUGACCCUGGCACCGUGAGCAAGCUCAGCAGCCACCUGAUCUCACGCAGCCAGGGCUCCUACCUGUACCUCAAACUCACCUUGGACCUGUUUGAGAAAGGCCACCUCGUGAUCAAAAGCUCCAGUUACAAAGUAGUGCCYGUUUCCCUGGCCGAACUCUACCAGUUGCAGUGCAACAUGAAGUUCAUGACCAAUUCGGCCUUCGAGCGCUCUGUGCCCAUCCUCAACGUGGCUCUGGCCUCGCUGCACCCCAUGACCGACGAGCAGCUGUUUCAGGCCAUCAACGCCGGCUUCAUCAGAGGCGAGCUACCAUGGGAGGACUUUCAGCAGCGCAUGGAGCUGCUCUCAGGUUUUCUCAUCAAACGACGGGACAAGACGCGCAUGUUCUGCCAUCCCUCCUUCAGAGAGUGGCUGGUGUGGAGAGCUGAUGGAGAGGGCACAGAUUUCCUCUGUGACCCCAGGACCGGCCACGCUUUCAUGGCCUUCAUGUUGUCUCGCCAAGAAGGGAAACUGAAUCGACAGCAGACAAUGGAACUGGGCCACCACAUCCUGAAGGCCCACAUAUUUAAGGGUCUGAGUAAGAAAACUGGCGUGUCGUCCAGCGUGCUUCAGGCUCUGUGGAUCAGUUGCAGUGCUGAUGGACUCUCUGCAGCCUUGGCUUCCCUGAGGAACCUCUACACACCGAACGUCAAGGUAAGCCGCCUCCUGAUGCUGGGAGGAGCUAACGUGAAUUACCGCACAGAGGUUCUGAACAAUGCUCCAGUGCUUUGCGUCCAGUGCCAMCUCGGCCACCAUGAGAUCACCUCACUGCUGCUCGAGUUCGGUGCCAGCGUGGACGUUGUGUCCGAAAACGGCAUGAGCCCCUUGUGUUUCUCUGCAGCUGGAGGACACUUGGGAUUAGUGAUGCUGCUCUGUAACAAGGGAGCAAAGGUGGAUCAUGUUGAUAAGAGUGGCCAGUGUGCUCUGGUGCACGCCGCAUUGCGCGGACACACCGAGAUCAUCCAGUACCUGCUGGAGCUGGAAUGGAGUGCUGAGGGGCAGCAGCAGGACGGCUCUCUGAAGAACAAAGCUCUGCAGCAGGCUUUGAUCGCAGCCUCGAGCAUGGGACACACACAGGUUGUGAAGGACCUGCUGGCGUUGAAAAAUGAGCAUGCUGUGCAAAUUGAUAGUCAUGACACUCUKUGGGGCGAGACAGCUUUGACGGCUGCAGCUGGUCGGGGGAAGAUGGAGGUGUGCAGCUUCCUGCUGGAGCAGGGGACGUUGGUGCAGCAGGUGAACCGGCGGGGGAUGUCCCCCCUGUUCUGUGCGGUCAGACAGGGGCACUGGCAGAUUGCAGAGCUGUUGUUGGAACAUGGUGUUGACAUCAACAUCAGUGACAAGCAGGGCAGAACUCUGCUGAUGGUGGCUGCCUGUGAGGGUCACCUGAGUACUGUAGAGUUUCUGCUGUCUAAAGGGGCUUCUUUAACUUCGAUGGACAAGGAGGGACUGAUGCCCCUGAGCUGGGCCUGUUUGAAAGGACGUAAGAACGUGGUGCAGUUCUUGGUGGAGAAAGGUGCGGUUAUCGACCACACUGACAAAAAUGGAAGAACUCCGCUGGACCUCGCUGCCUUUUAUGGAGACGCAGAGAUUGUCCAGUACUUGGUGGAACGAGGAGCAGUGAUUGAGCAUGUGGACCACAGUGGGAUGAGGCCUCUGGACCGGGCCAUCGGUUGUAGGAACACAUCAGUGGUGGUGACUCUGCUGAAGAAAGGAGCCAAGCUGGGGAAUGCUGCCUGGGCCAUGGCUACUUCCAAGCCUGAUAUCCUCAUUAUUCUUCUGCAGAAGCUGAUGGAAGAGGGAAAUCUGCUUUAUAAGAAAGGCAAGAUGAAAGAGGCAGCACAGAGGUACCAGUAUGCCCUGAGGAAGUUUCCCCGAGAAGGAUACGGCGACGACCUGAAGGCAUUUAAAGACCUGAGGGUCUCGCUGUACCUCAAUCUCUCUCGCUGUCGCAGAAAAACAAACGAUUUUGGGAUGGCUGAAGAAUUUGCAUCAAAAGCACUGGAGCUGAAACCUAAAUCCUAUGAGGCGUACUACGCUCGAGCCAGAGCUAAAAGAAGCAGCAGGUAA